GAGAAGUAGAAGUGGCUUUCUGGAGCUCCCGACAGAAGUUUGAACUUUGAACAAAACAGUAAUACAGAGUCACAGCAACAAAUACCUCAGAGAUUCGGGUUAUGUUAGGCCCACAAAACGGAAGUUUGGAGCGGUGUGCUAUCAGAAGUGAAUACGUGAUAGAAGAUAAACCACUGCUAUGUUAAGAUGGCGACGUCCAGUCAAAGAGAAGGCGGAAGACAAUCAGCGCCUCUAACUCCCAGCAAAUCACCAACGGAGAAGAAGCCCCAAACUACAGAUAACGACAUCCACAAACUGAUUGCUCAUCAAGAACAACGUCCCACUCAGGUGCAGGAGGGGAGCUCCACUUUGAAGCAGGAGGAUCCACAGCCUCCCCAUGUUAAAGAGGAAGAGGAGGAACUCUGGAUCACUAAGGAUGGAGAGCAUCUUCUAGACCUGGAAGAGGCUGAUCUCACCAAGUUGCCACUAACUGUUGUCUCUGUGAAGACUGAAGAUGAUGAACACAAACCACCCGAGUCCCUUGGUUGUUUUUGUCCUGCAGACGUCCAGCAGCUGAUUGGUCAUCAAGAGUGUCCCAAUCAAUUGCAGGGGAGUUCUACUUUGAAGCAAGAGGAUCCACAGCCCCCUCAUGUUAAAGAGGAACAGGAGGAUCCACAGCUCUGCUACAUUAAAGAGGAAGAGGUUGAACUGUGGACCACUCAGGAGGGAGAAUGUCUUCUCGGGCAGGAAGAGGCUGAUCUCAUCAAGUUGCCACUGACUGUGAAGACUGAAGAGAAACCACCUGGGUCCUUACAGCUUCAUCACAGUCCAAGUGAGGAGAAUAGAGCGGCGGGGCCUCCAAGCAGCAGAUCACCACAACACAUGACAACAGAAGCUUAUGGAGACCACUGUGGAGGAUUGCAAGCAGACAAACUCUUAGUAUCAGAUAGAGACGAUACGACGCACUCUCCUGACGAUGAAAACUGGGAUGACACCCAAGAACAUUUGAGCAGCGAUACAGACAGUGAAGGUGAUAUGAGGACUCACACUGGCAACAAACAUCGAAAAUGCUCUAAAAAGAAGACAGGUAAAAACCGUUUGACCUGCUCAGUUUGUGCUAAAACCUUUUCUUUUAAGUGCCGUUUAACUCAACACAUGCUGACACACACGGGAGAAAAACCCUUAAGUUGCUCAGUUUGUGCGAAAAGCUUUUGUUUUAAGAGUCACUUGACUCGCCACAUGCUGACACACACAGGAGGAAAACCCUUUAGUUGCUCAGUUUGUGCUAAAAGUUUUUCUCUUAAGAGCUACAUGACUCGACACAUGCUGACACAUACAGGAGAAAACCUUUUGAGUUGCUCAGUUUGUGCUAAAAGAUUUAUUUUUAAGAGAGAUUUGACUCGACACAUGCUGACACACACGGGAGAAAAAGCCUUUAAUUGCUCAGUUUGUGCUAAAAGCUUUUCUCUUAAGACCUGUUUGACUCAACACAUGCUGACACACACAGGAGAAAAACCUUUUAGUUGCUCAGUUUGUGGUCAAGGAUUCGCACGAAAGGAACAUAUGGUAUCACACAUGCGAACGCACACAGGAGAAAAACCUUUCUGUUGCUCAGUUUGUGGCAGAAGAUUCGCUCAAAAGGAACAAAUGGUAUCACAUAUGAGAACACACACAGGAGAAAAACCUUUCAGUUGCUCAGUUUGUGGUAGAAGAUUCUCGCAAAAGCAACAAAUGGUAUCACACAUUAGGACACACACCGGGGAAAAACCUUUUUGUUGCUCGGUUUGUGGUAAACUAUUCUCUCAAAAGACAAGUUUGGUAUCUCACAUGAGAACACAUACAGGAGAGAAACAUUUUUCUUGCUCGGUUUGUGGUGAAAGUUAUUCUGCCAAAUGCAGUUUGACUACCCACAUGCUAAAACACAAUGGAGGAAAACCCUUUAGUUGUUCAGUUUGUGGUAAAAGAUUCUUUCAAAAAGAAGUGAUGAAAAGACACAUGAGAACACACACAGGAGAGACACCUAUUUCUUGCUGAGUUUGUGGUUGUAUGUAGUAACAGUUAUUCUUGUAAGAGAAGUUUUACAGUUCACACAAUGAAGAAUAAAUAUUUUCCUCUCCAGUUUGUUGAGUUAGUGUGCUGCUAAUAACAGCAGCGACACAACCUUGAUUGGUUGUGGACAACAUGGUGUUUUCCUUAUCUUCCUUCUUUUGGACUGCAUAAGUGUCCAUCAAUAAUCAUGAUAUUGUGUUUGUGUUGUGACAAUGUUUAUAAUAGUGUUGUACAUGCACACAGAGUGUACCUACGUCUUUUCUAACUUAACACCACUGACAGUGAAGCAGAUGUAAGAUUAUGGAGACAAUGAUUAUGUUGUGGGCAGUUUUGGGACAAUGAGACUAUUUUCAUUAUAUUUUUUUGUAAUAUAUUUUUUUAAUGAUGAAUGUUGCCAUGUGUGGUCCUACCCACACUUGCAGGUCAAUAGAGUACAUUUGUGGUGGUUGUUUACUUGACCAUCUUACCUGUGUAUGGCCUGUUGUCUGUGUGUGAAAUUUUAGUGUGUUUUCAAUGACUGUUGAAACCAUUCUCCAAAAAAAUAAAUGCGUUGAUGUUUUCUUCUUGAAAUGUGAAAAUCCAAGUUAAGUUUAAAUAUAUCAUAAUUUAUUACUUUUUGUAUGUAGCUUGUUAAGCGUUAGGAACACUGUAAGGAAGUAAA